AUGAGAAAGUUGAGCCAAGCUGCAUUUGAUUGGGUGACGGCCUUAGAUCCAUCACAAUGGUGUGGAGCUUACUUUAAAACUCAUUUCAAGCGUGACAUCCUUUUGAAUAAUACGUGUGAGACUUUUAAUGGUGCCCUUCUAGAAACCAGAGACAAACCCAUUUUAACCAUGCUUGAGAGGAUUAGAUACUAUAUUAUGUUGUUGAUGGAAACUAGAAGAGCAUCUUCAGAGAGAUGGAAACAUGGCAUAGGUCCAAGGAUUUUUAGCAUUUUGGAGAAGACGAAGAGAGAAGUAGCUUAG